AUGCAGACUGAGGCUUGGGACUCGGCUUGUGUGAAUGGGAGAUAUGUAACAGGGGCUAUGUACAAGGAAGUGAAUGGGUCUAGACCAAAUGUCUCGUGGAAAAAUCUGUUGAGGGGCAAUUGGGCAAGACCAAGAGCUUUGUUUGUCUUAUGGUUAGCUUGCCAUAAUAGACUUCAUACAAAGGAUAGAGUGGAAAGGUAUGGCAUUGUUACUGAUGGAAAGUGUUCCUUCUGUGAUGUUAAUGAAACAUGUGAUCACCUGCUAUUCCAAUGCAAGGUUACUGGGGGGAUCUGGACACAAAUGCUUGAAUGGCAGAGAGAAAAUCAUACACCCCAGAACUGGGAAGCAGAAUUGAAAUGGAUCCUGAUGGCAAGCAAAGGCAAGAGCCAAAGAGCAAAAUUGAUGCGAUUAUGUGCUGCUGAAACGGUAUACUAUGUAUGGAUGGCUAGGAACAAGAGAGUGUUUCAACAAGAACAUGGGUCUGCGUUUAACAUGCUGGAUAUUGUAGAGAUAAUCAAGGAAAGAGUGGCAUUAGAUAACAAGCUUAGGACCUAUGUUAGUACCCUAUAA